AUGGCGCCAGGGUCCCUGGGGCGCGGGGGGAGGCUGGGCUGGGCUGGAGGGCGCAGGGGGCUAAUGACCGGCUUGUGCUGCGCCCGCAGAGCCCGUGGCCUGGCCCCGCACUGCUUCCCGUGGUUAAGGUCCCCCCCAGCUCACCCGGCCGCGCCGCCUCCCAGCUCCGCUCGCCGCCGCCGCCGCCGCUACAGCUCCCCCCGGCUCCCCUCCGCUCGCCGCCGCCGGCGCCUGCGCAGCUUCCCCGGCUACUUCCGGGCCGGGGCCCGGCACCGCCCCCACCCAGUGGCCCAGGAGUCGCCGCUGCUGCCCCCUCCCGGAGUGAAGAUUUCUCCAACCUCAGAUUCAAGGUUUUGCUUUUCUGAUAACGAAAUUUACAAGAAGAAGCGGUGAGAUAAGUGAGUCUUGCUGGGAUGGAGAAUCCCAAGACAGAACUGAAUGAAAUCACCAUAAGACCUUCCCAGUGCCCUAAAGUAAACAUGGAUUUGCAAAUGGAGCCGGAGUUAAGCUUCAGGAAAUUAGUAGAGAGUUCAGAGUGUCCAGAACAACUGAAAUAUGACUUCAACAAAAAUGGUGAACUGAAGCAUCUAGAUACCAAUGAGCCCUUUGUCUUUAAUUAUUAUAAAAAUGCACAUGAGAGUAACCAUAAACGCUAUCAAGUUCUGGGGCAUCUCAUUACACGGUAUGUUUAUGAGCUCUUGGAAAGAGUCUGCAAGCUUCAGAAAGUCCACAUCCCAACAGAUGCUACAGAAGAUGAACCCAGGAGUUUAUUUUUCAUCAGUGAGAAAGCAUUAACUAAUUCCUCAAGCCUAAUCGUGCUCCUACAAGACCGUGGAGUCUUUCGGGCUGGUCAAUGGGGGCUGAAGACCAUAAUCCAUGAGGGCCUGGACCCUGGAACUCAAAUACCAUUCAUUAAAACAGCCCUUCAGUGCUAUGGAGGAGUGAUUGUUUUAAAUCCCAAUGACAAUUUCAUUGAUCUGAAGAUGGAAGAUGAGUGGUUAAGUUUAUCUACCAAGGAAGAAUCUUCCACUGUAAAUUCCUCCUGCUGGAUCCCAAAGAGAUGCAGCAGCAGCCCUGAAGAGCACACCAUUUACAUUUGGGAUAAUUUUAUUUCAAAGAGCGCAGCCAAGAAUGUUGCCUUCAUUGCCCAUGGCUACGGAGGCUUGGUUUUCAUCAACCUGCUCAUGCAGAGAACAUGGGAAGUGAUGAAUAAAGUGUAUUCUGUGGCACUUAUUGACUCCAUGCACCACACAUUACACCAGGUGAAAAAUAAUCCACAUGUGCAAGAAUGGAUACAGAAACAUUGCCGUGAAUGGAUAACAAACAGUAAACCUCUAGAUAGACCCACAGGUUCCCUUGUGAAAGUGGACUGUCCUACAGUCUCUGCUGGGACUGAAAAAUACAGUUUAGCACCAUCCUCCACCUUACAGGCCAUUUUCAAGUACCUGAAGAGCACACUGAAAGCUAAGAACACAGUAGCUUUAUCUCGUUCUCCUAUUGUAACAAGGAGCAGCAAAAAUAAGAAGAGAGGCAAUACAUGCUGAAGUAUUUUUCAGGACUCUUCUCCCUCUUUAAAACCACUCCGUGGAAGCUUGAAACUGAAGCUGCCAUGUUAGUUUCCUUGCAUUGCAGAGUGAUUUAUAGCCAUAAGGGUGAUAUUGGGUUUCUGAUUUUUAUUGUUGUUGAAAAACUAAUUGCGAGAACAAAUAAAGUUAUCACCAAACAUUA